CUACAACUACAACACUUCCACCGUUUACUACAACUACAACACUUCCACCGUUUACUACAACUACAACACUUCCACCGUUUACUACAACUACAACACUUCCACCGUUUACUACAACUACAACACUUCCACCGUUUACUACAACUACAACGUCUUCCACAAGUUCAGUGUCGAUGUCGUUUGUUCAUAAUAGUCCAUUCCUCUUUUUAUAUCUUGUUUACUUAUGUUAUCAAGUAUAUUAG